AUGCUGAGACAGCUGCGACUGCGCUGUAGCGGCCACCUUGUGCAGAUGGACGACAAGCGGCUACCUAAACGACUCUUCCACGAAGAUGUCGCCAGGGGUUCCCGACAAGUCCGUCGCUCCAAGGACACCCUGAAAACUUCCCUGAAGCGUCUGCAGGUCAACCCGGCCAACUGGAAUGACCUCGACCGACCGACCGGGAGGAAGACAGCAAAGACAAACGCAGCGAUCUACGAAGCCAGCCGCAUCAGUGCCGCGAAGAUAAUCGCACAACUCGCAAAUCCCAACUGUGCCCACCUCGCAUCGCCAACGCUCAACCACCCCCUACCUGUCCCUGCUGCCAGCUGA